UUUUCUCGACAAGGAAAUAAUGAUAAAAAAUAUGUUCAAGAUUUACUUUGGGAAGAUCGUAGUGAAAUUGCUAAAUUGUACAGAGAUGGUGCACGUUUUUAUAUUUGCGGUAGUGCAAAAAAAUUAGGUACAUCAGUUAAAUCAUGUUUUUUAAAGAUCGUUGCAGAUAUUAAACAAUGUAAUGAAGAAGAAGCAACAGAAAUCUUUGAAAAAAUUUCUCUUGAAAGAUUUAGUGUCGAUGUUUUCGCAUAG